UUUUUCUUUUAUCUUUUCUGAAAAAAAUUGUUAUAAUAAAAUGGCACAGUCAGCGCUCUUAAAGUUUUGGAAUUCUGCUGCAGGUCCAAAAACAAUUCAUUUUUGGGCGCCAACAAUGAAAUGGGGACUUGUUAUUGCUGGAUUAAGUGAUCUACAAAAGCCAGCAAAUCAACUGAGUCUCUCCCAAAACCUUUCACUUGGAGUAAGCGGGAUCAUCUGGACACGUUAUGGCUUUGUAGUUUUGCCUAAGAACUAUAUGAUUGCAGGAGUCAAUUUCUUUGUGUUUCUGAUAGGCACUACUCAAGUAGGCCGUAUAUUAAACUAUCGUCGAACAAUCCAAACAAAUGCUAAAGAUGAAGCUCAAGUAAUACCAUUAACAUAAACUUAAAUGGCUUAGGUACUUUUUAUUUAUUUCUAGUUUCGUGUUGAAACUUAAGGACAAAAUGAGAGCACUAUACUUACAUUUUGUCAAAUAUCUUUAAUAAGAAGUUUGAACUGUUUUAAAGAAGUGUUGAUGAUAGUCUCGCAAAACUCUUUAUCAACUUGUGAACCACUGAUUUGUGAUGACCUGAAUAUUGAACUUUUGCAAUCUGCACCUUUAUUUUGAGACUCAUUAUUUUGUCAUUAUAUAAAUUUACGUGUAACCAAGAGUGUAAUUCUUAAUUACAACUCUUUCAUUCACUUUCAUUUCUUCCCAUUUUUCUCUAAAACUUCUAAAAAACACA